AUGCCAGGCGAGGUCCUGAUAUUUUUCUCAUUUCUUUCUUCGAAAGGAAAUCAGCAGCUGAUAUUGUUUAACUCCAUUUUCAUCUCUUCUCCGUCUUAUCUAUCUAUAUAUCUAUCUAAGUAUUCUACUCCUUAUCUAUCUAUCUAUCUAUCUAGUCUUCUCCUUCUUAUCUAUCUAUGUAUGUAUCUAAGUCUUCUACUCCUUAUCUAUCUAUCUAUCUAUCUAUCUAUCUAUCUAUCUAUCUAUCUAUAUAGUCUUCUCCUUCUUAUCUAUCUAUAUAUCUAUCUAAGUCUUCUACUCCUUAUCUAUCUAUCUAUCUAUCUAUCUAUCUAUCUAUAUAGUCUUCUCCUUCUUAUCUAUCUAUAUAUCUAUCUAAGUCUUCUACUUCUUAUCUAUCUAUCUAUCUAUCUAUCUAUGCCUUAUUUAUUCGUCUGUUUAUCUCAAGAUUUUAUAUCUAUCUAUCUAUCACAAUAUUCAUUCUUCUUAAUCUGUUUAUCACAGUAUUUCAUCUAUCUAUCUAUCUAUCUAUCUAUCUAUCUAUCUAUCUAUCUAUCUAUCUAUCUUCUCCUCUUCAGAUCUAUCUAUAUUUAUAUGUCUUAA